CCACCACAGCAGGCACCAUUCUUAACUAUUCUCUCCACUUUCACUUACAAAGCUUUUCACUGUUUAACAAUGGCUGCUUCAACAAUGGCUCUCUCUUCACCGUCAUUGGCUGGCCAAGCAAUCAAGCUCUCCCCCUCCACCCCUGACCUUUCCGGUGGAAGGAUUUCCAUGAGGAAAACAGCCUCUAAGUCUGUUUCCUCUGGAAGCCCAUGGUACGGCCCAGACCGUGUCAAGUAUUUGGGCCCAUUCUCCGGUGAGGCCCCAUCUUACCUCACUGGUGAAUUCCCAGGUGACUAUGGUUGGGACACUGCUGGGCUUUCUGCUGACCCGGAGACCUUUGCUAAAAACCGUGAACUUGAAGUCAUCCACUCCAGAUGGGCCAUGUUGGGAGCCUUGGGCUGUGUUUUCCCCGAACUCUUGUCCCGUAACGGUGUGAAGUUCGGCGAGGCCGUGUGGUUUAAGGCUGGGUCUCAGAUAUUCAGUGAGGGUGGACUUGACUACUUGGGCAACCCGAGCCUGAUUCAUGCACAGAGCAUCCUUGCUAUUUGGGCCUCUCAGGUUAUUUUGAUGGGUGCCGUUGAGGGUUACCGUAUUGCCGGUGGGCCUCUUGGUGAGGUGACCGACCCAAUUUACCCAGGUGGAAGCUUCGACCCAUUGGGCCUUGCUGAUGACCCAGAUGCUUUUGCUGAGUUGAAGGUGAAAGAGCUGAAGAACGGUAGAUUAGCCAUGUUCUCCAUGUUCGGUUUCUUUGUUCAGGCGAUUGUGACCGGAAAGGGACCCCUGGAAAACCUUGCAGACCACCUUGCAGACCCAGUCAACAACAAUGCUUGGGCAUAUGCCACAAACUUUGUCCCCGGAAAGUGAGAAAAAUUAAAUUAAAACAGUGGGAAACUACCACUGGAGUGUGACUUUCAA